UUGAAGUGAAAUUAUCUGUAGGGUAAACACUUCCUUGACUAAUAAAAAUAUAAGUCACGUGAUAGCAAGGUGGUUAUUUCGGGUAAAUAGGAGUCAUAAAACCUCACGAAAUAAUGACACAAGUACUAAAGUAAAGUGAACGCAUGGUUGACAUUGUGUAGAUGUUAUAUUAUUGUACUAUUUAUUUUAAGAAUUUUACUGGGACAGUGUGUACAUGUAUCAGUGGUCAGUGUGUAGUCACCGAGGACAGGGCGGAUUAACUUAACUGUGACAUUGGGAUUUACGUUUAGUCAUUUUUACAGUGUUCAAUUUUGCCGAGUUACUGAGGAUUACUGGAUAUAACUAAUUGGAAAAAAAGAAUUUUGUUGGCACAAAAUUGAUAUAGCCAUGCCGUCGCCUUGGCAUGACCCGAACAGAUCCCCCGUAAAUUUGGUGAUAAAAUACGUUCUGUUUUUCUUCAACUUCCUUAUUUUUUUAGUAUGUGGAGCGGUGACUGGAUUAAUGGCAUGGAUUUUGGUUGAAAAGGAAAAGGCAGUGCUUAACGCCUAUGACUUCUUUUUGGAUCCAGCCUGUGUCCUCUGCCUGGCCGGUUCCGUGGCGUUCGUCGUGUCUUUCUUCGGCUGGUAUGGCUCUCUCAGGGAAUAUGUAUUCUUUCUGGCCAUCUAUCGAUACAUCAUGAUGUUCCUGUUUUUCGUUGAGAUGGUGUUUAUUGUGCUGAUAUUCGUGAUAGUUUACGUUCCCGAGUCCCGGAACCAGCUCAAUAUAUACCCAGAGGACUCUCUGAAAGAAGCCAUUGUAAAAUACAGAGAUGAUGAGGACAUGCAGAACCUUAUUGACGGCAUACAAGAACUGCUCGAGUGUUGUGGUACAUCUAAUGAUGAUAUUGGUUAUAAAGAUUGGGCAAGAAAUCCAUAUUUUAAUUGUUCUACAGAAUUAGAAACAAGCGAUUUUGGGGAAUUUUGUUCCGUGCCAUUCUCUUGCUGUAAAAAGGAAAAUAAUGGACUUAUAAAUUAUCUCUGUGGAAGAGGUAUGCAAAAGUCAACUACGUCGGAAACAUUAAGAAGUGAAACUAUUUACAUACAAGGCUGUUUUAAGUCUAUUACAUCAAUUUUACAAAACAACGUGAUAGUUGUUGGGGGUGUUAUCAUAGGAAUUCUUAUACCGCAGAUGCUGUUGACAAGUUUUACAGGACGCUUGAUAGAGCAAAUUGAAAUGCAGAUGGCGAAAUGGAACCGACAACAAAUGCGGUAGUGGGAUUCAGAAGAUAUCACAGUGGGAACCAGAUAAUUUAGUUUUUAUAUUCAUAUCAUUUACAACACAUAUCUGCAGUUAGGCUCCACCAUGUUUAAUAUGAUUUAUUAAACACACCUAUUAUUACACAUAAAAUACGUAUAUGCCAUUUAAAGAAUUGACCAUUGUUUACCAAAAUUUCCCUGCAUUAUUUAUAUAUUUAUUAUUGGAAGAGGGAUUUUUCUUAUCUGUCUUGCCAGAUUUAUCUCAUCAUUAGGACUAAGUCUAGCUUUAUGUUGAUUGAAAUAUCCUAGAUACAGUGUAACCCUUAUUGAGCGACCCUCUGGAGAGCAAUAACCUCUUUAUUCAAUUUACCUGUGUAGAACAACUCCAGUAAGCUCUAAGCAACAAACAAAAUAUUUGUCUCCAAAAGGGUGUUGCUUUUGAGAGGUUAAACUGUAUAAUAAAAUACUCAUUUAUAUACAUUCCAUACACUAACUUUGUACAGUUACACCUGGGAGGGCGGAUCUUCGGAAAUAAUGACAAUUACACAAAAAUAUUGUUCUGUUAUUCAUAUCUUAUACUUCAUCAUGAAAUUGUUUAAAGCCAUAAUAAUAAUUUUAUACAGUAUGUUGUGUAAUUGAAGCAUUAUUUGGUAUUUAUUCAUUUCGUUUGAUUACAUGUAUGAUGUUAUAUGAACAUGUAGAAUAUCAAAUUCCUUGUAAGUAGAUAAUUUUAAACAUGCAAAAAAUUUCUCAUGUGCAAUUUAUAAAUUUUGACGUUUAGUCAUGAUGUAAAUUAAUCAAAAGUUCACCCAGUUGUAUUUAGAAAUUUUGAUUAUUGUAAGUUCCUCCAUGUACAUUUAGUUGACAUAUAUCAAGCAAAGGUAUACUAGUAAUGUGUACAUUCUGUAGUUAUUUACAGUGUCCUGCCAAUACCCAGCUGGAAAAUACAUAAAUAAAGGAUAUUCAAGUUAUGUUUUCUAUGAUUUCAUUGUGUGGUAUGAAAUGAAUAUGAUAAUAAUAAUGCUCAUACCACAAGAUGAAAGUACAGAAAAAAAUGUCUGCAAGUAUACAUAUAUAUAUAUAUAAUAUUUAUUCAGCCAUCAUUGUGAAUCAGGGCAUAUUAUUGAACAAUUAAACACAAUUUGGGCAAAAUCGAGUAUUAUAAGUGGGGAGAUUAAUUCAAUACAAGUGAUCGACGUACUUUCGAGGAAUGUAGUUUACCCAUAGAAAUUUAUUUCUAAUGAUAAACUAAUAAGAGUUUUUACAUUUUGAGAGGAAUUGUUUGUUUGUACACAUGCACUUAAAUCAUCGAAAUCCUCAUCAUUUAAAUUUGUGAACAUCAGCAGUGCUGAAUAAAUUGUUAACCCCAAGAUCAUCAUUAUCAUCAUUGUCAUCAUCAUUAUCAUCAUCGACAUCAUCAUCAUCAUCAGCAGCAGCAUCAUCAUCUUCAUCAUCACCAUCAUCAUCACAAUUAUCAUCAUAAUAAUCAUCAACAUCAUCAUUAUUAUCAACCUUAUCAUCAACAUCAUCAUUAUCAUCAUUCUUCUUUUUGUCACCAGUGAUAUUGUGAUUAACUACAGCAACUAAGCUAUGAAUCUUGAAGUUUAUACCACAAUGUAAAUGUACCGUCCUAUUUAUAAACGUGCCUUUAAUUAUUUGGAACACAUUCAUACCCUACACAGUUAUUAUGUAUAUUAACUAAUCAGAUAAAAUUGUAUCAUUAAUUUGUUAAUUAUUUGCUGUAAUGUGUUAUUGAAAUCCAAUUGUUGUUUUUUGUUGAUUUUUUCCCCAAAUGAAAACCAUAAAAAUGUUGCUAUAGUAUUUUUCUUUAUUGUUUAUUGUUUGACUUAUAAAUAUAUACUAUUUACGUUAAUCCUGAUAUCUGUAUCACCUAACAUGAGAUAAUUAAACAUGCUUCUUUUAUUCCCAAAAUAUUGCUUUAAUGACCAGUAUUUGUCUUGUUAUAUCACCGCUACUGCUCUUUUGCUUGGAUACACUGUUAAAAAAGGAAAUAAUGCCGAAUUGUUGUAAUGGAUUUGCCGUGCUUUGAAUUUGGAACAGUCCAUUUAAUGUUUUAGGGAUUCCAAAAUAUAAAAAUGCGGUAAAAAACUACUAACAGUAUAGAGUCAAGUUAGUCAUGUGACUACAGACUCUGAGCCUGACCUGACGUUAUACUUGUAGUAAAAGCUUAUUAUUCUUGGUUAAGGAAUAAAGAUUGCAAAGGGAAUUAUGUACAUCGAACUAGAUUGUUUUGUAUACAAUUAUGUUAACAUUAUUAUAAGGGGGUUAUACUUUUAUAUUGGUUUAUAUAUGUAUUAAAGGAAGGAUAUCGUUAAAAAAGGUUUUGCAUUUAUGUAUGAAUAGCAUUGAAUACUUUGUAAUAAAAAAAAACAGGAAUAAAGAUAUUAACGAAAUUUAUUUGUCAUACAUGACAGUCGACACCUAUAAUUUUAUUUUCUUGACUCUGUUUUUGUUCUCUUGUUGUGCAUAUUAUAACGUGAAAAAGAUGAUGAAAAUUGUUCACAGAGAAAUGUUAAUAUAAAAUUAAUCAAAAUAUUAAAGGUAUUUAGAUGAAA